AUGAAUGUUUUAAUAGUUUUUCUUGUUUCGAUAUGCGUUGUCCAAUCGAACAAAGUGUUGGUGAUUGUGAACAGCUACAAAGAUCGCUGCCAAAUGUCGUUGCCGAAUAUCAAAGAAGUGUCAUAUUGCCCGUUUAAGACGGAUCACGAUGAGUCGCCGGUGACGAGCAAUAAUGAGAUCAAUCGGAGAGCGUGCGCCAGAGCGAAAUUAUUUCUUUUCGCCUAUUACCCAAUGGAUAAUAUUGUGACGAAAAAAGAUGAGGCCAUUGAUUAUAACACAUUCCUCUAUCGAAUAAAUAAUACGUGGAAAUUGUUGUAUCCGAAUCGAAUGCCGCCGAUUUCGGAGGCUGAGUUGAACGCGCAAAAGAAUAAUCGAUACUAUAUAUGGAAUCCGCAGCUCAAAUAUGAUGUACUGUCGUUGAGCGCCAAAUCGCGGCAAUUUUGCUUUUAUAAUCCAGGAAGUCGAGUUUAUUAUCCGAAACGCGAUGAGAUUUGCAAAUUCGAUUAUUUCAUAUCGAAUCGAGAUGAGCUGGCGGCGUUCGUGUCAAUGAAUUGCACCGAGUUCACCGGCCGGCUCACGGUCACCGAUCUGUUCGACAUGGGAUCGAAGUUCGAGUUGAAAUUUGCGCGUUUGCGCCAAAUCAUUGGACAAUUGUACGUGCACUCGCUGAAAAUUGCGCGUUUGGAGUUUUCGGCGCUGAAAUCGAUUGUGCACACGACGCGCGACAUUCGGAAUGCGCGAGGUCCCGCCCUUUUGGUGGCCAACAAUCCGCAUUUGAAAUCGCUGAAAUUUGGCCAAUUGUCGAAUAUCACUUGCGAAUUCGAGCCGUGCUACGUGAAUUUGAACAAUUUCGAGCUGACAAUCGAUGGUGUCGAAUUGGCGGCGAACAGUUUUUCGGCAUCGCGAAUUGCGCGCGACGCCGAUUUCGUGCAUUCGACGAGAUCAUGUGAUGAUGAUAAUCUAAUCGUCGCCGCAAGACCCUAUCUAGAUUUGAAAGCGCGCCUUUAA